CGCCCGCGGCCCCUGCGUCUUCUGGUCCGUCGACGGCGACGUGCAGCAGUGGGUCAAGAACCUCAACAAGGACCAGCUCAGGUCCGCCAUGCAGAGCCGCCUCCAGGGCCUCGUCUCCCGCUACGCCGGCAGGUUCAAGCACUACGACGUCAACAACGAGAUGCUUCACGGCCGCUUCUUCCGCGACCGCCUCGGCGAGGAGGACAUCCCGGCGUAUAUGUUCAAGGAGGUGGCGCGGCUGGACCCGGAGCCCGCGCUCUUCGUCAACGACUACAACGUGGAGCGUGCCAACGACCCCAACGCCACGCCGGAGAAGUACGCCGAGCAGGUGGUGUGGCUGCAGAGCUGCGGCGCCGUGGUGGGCGGCAUCGGCCUGCAGGGCCACGUGCAGAACCCGGUCGGGGAGGUCAUCUGCGCCGCGAUCGACAGGCUCGCCAAGACCGGCGUGCCCAUCUGGUUCACCGAGCUGGACGUGCCCGAGUACGACGUCAGCCUCCGCGCCAAGGACCUGGAGGUGGUGCUCCGGGAGGCCUACGCGCACCCGGCGGUGGAGGGCGUCGUCUUCUGGGGCUUCAUGCAGGGCACCAUGUGGCGCGAGAACUCCUGGCUCGUCGACGCCGACGGCACCGUCAACGAGGCCGGCCAGAUGUUCCUCAACCUCCAGAGGGAGUGGAAGACGGACGCGCGCGGGAGCGUCGACGGCGACGGGGACUUCAAGUUCAGGGGCUUCUACGGCAGGUACGUCGUGGAGGUCACCACGGCGACGGGGAAGCAGAUGCUCAAGACCUUCACCGUGGAGAAAGGGGACAACGACACACCUCUCCUCGUGGAUUUGGCCGAUGCCUGAGUGCCUCACGGUGAAUCUAUAUCUAAGAUAUACUGCUAUUUAUACCGAUAUAUAUAAUUACAUGCAUGCAUUUGCGUACAACGGUCGUCAUACGCUGCAGUUGUGAUUGAAAGGACGACACGUCAAGGAAUAAGGUCGUACAGUAUAAUUUUUCGCAUUUCUAAGGUAACGGGUAUUGUAUUUUGUAAGAGAAGUGUAAGGUACUGUACUCCUAAAUCUAAUGAAGAUGAUUAAAGCAAAAGGCCUAUUAUUGGUCUUAUAUUAUUAUA